ACCGCGCUAACCGGCUGACCAAUGAAAAGACGUCAGUCUCAGCGCGGGUGAAAACGAAGCGUGUGUGUGUGUGUUUUCGGUAGACCUCCCCGGGGCAAUUUGUCCCCGGGGUGUUUCUUUUUGUUUUUUGAAGAUGUCCCCCCUACCGUAGAGAUGGCCCCGGGGAUAUCGUUGUGGGGACAGUCUGAGGGGAUAUUCACGGUCGAGCGGCAAGGCUUCCUGGGGCUCGCUGCUGACGAGUAUAUUCCUUUCCCAGACGAUGGCACCGACGAGGACGCGCACUCUCUGGUGCGCGCGGACGAGGGCACUCCCGACAGCAGCAUCGACUUCGACGGCGAUGACAGCGACACCAAUCCUCACGCCGUCCUCGACAGCGGCAUCAACCUCGACGGCAAUGACAGCGACACCAACCCUCACGCCGCCCCCGACACCGGCAUCGACCCUCACGCCGCCCCCGACACCGGCAUCGACCCUCACGGCGCCCCCGACACCGGCAUCGACCCUCACGGCGCCCUCGACACCGGCAUCAACCCUCACGCUGCCCCCGACAGCGGCAUCAACCUCGACCGCGAUGACAGCGGCACCAAUCCUCACGCCGCCCUCGACACCGGCAUCAACCUCGACGGCAAUGACAGUGACGCCAACCCUCACGCCGCCCCCGACACCGGCAUCGACCCUCACGGCGCCCUCGACACCGGCACCAACCCUCACGCCGCCCCCGACAGCGGCAUCAACCUCGAUGGCGAUGACAGCGGCACCAACCCUCACGCCGCCCCCGACAGCGGCAUCAAACCGGACAACGACGACACCGACACCAAGGUCAACAGUAGGCGCCUCCUGCGUCCUACCCACCUCCCGCCUCCUACCCGUACCGAGAUCGAGAAAUCCCCGAGCCAGAAAAUCCACUCUUGCGACGAGCUCCGCUCCAACGGGACGCGACUCGAAGGAGUCCUGCUCAUCACGGGCGACGUCGUUUGCCAGGAGGAAAGGCUGCUCGAGAUCACCGACGAAUUGAUCAUCCUCUCCGAGAAACCGGUCCUGUACUUGGAGGGUGUUCGCUUCCACGUCAAGCAGAAUGCUACACUGAGGUUUGGCGUCUCCGCGAUGCACGUGGAACAGCUCGAGGGGGGCUCCGGAGCGAUUUUCACCGUGGAGCCUCAGGGAUACGUGGGACUACACGCCAACGGGCAGGGCCCAGUUCCCCAGGAUGGAUCUGAGGUGGGAGAGGAGCUGCGCUUCCCGUCGUCAAUGGCCACUCUGGACGGGGAGUACAUCAUGACCAUGGGGGUGGACGGCAGUUUACUGCUCUCAGGCAGGCAGCGGUACGACGCUUUCCACGACGAAAUGGUCCAGGCCGCCGAAAACCAACCUUGGAGGGAAUUCGACACGGAAACCUUUGUGUCGGGCCUGAACCCCGACUACGACGGUGUUGACCCUCGGGCAGACCUCAAGGUCCUGGCCGCCGCCGAUCCGGCGCAGGCCAUGCGCUCCAUCCACGACAGAAUGCAACGGACGGCGCGGCCGAAGGCGCUCGAGAACCAGGGGGAAGAGACAGCCGACGGUGUUGCCGAGAUCGAUGGAAAACUGGAAGAUUUUCUUCGCGAGCGGAAGAAGAAGUCGGACGUGAACAAGGAGAAGAAGGAGAACGAGGACGAGGACGACGACGAGGAGGAGAAGGUCCCGCCGCAGCAGCCAGAGGGCACGGCUCAAGCGGGCCGUGGCAGCGGCUCAUCGUCCGGAGAAACGGAGGGUGAGAGGGCCACCGACAGCGACAGCGAAGACAGAGGGAGCUGUACCAGCAGAAGCAGCAACAACGGCGACGAGAGCGAGGCAACAGCAGUGAUGGCCAAGAAUGGCCCCAGCAUCCCACCGCCGACGUACUUUGGGGACGACAUCGUGCUCCAGGUUACGAAGACGGGGGACGUGGUGGUGACGGUCGGGGGACGCAUCGUCGUUGAAAAGCGAAACCCUUUUGCGAGACAAGCCGAGAAGCUCGACCCGAGUGGCGGAAGAGGAAACUGGCUAGAGAGGCAGUUGUGGAAGGCCAACCCGCUGGCGACGCUGGGACGAAUCAUCCGCCGACGCCGCCUACGAAGAGAAGGGAAAAGCAGCGGGGGCAGCAACGGCAUCGACGAGAACGUCAGCUUCGGCUACUCUCUCCACGUCGUGCAAAAAGGGUUCGAGGUGCAGCUCGACGGCGUUUUUGUGUGGGGGUGGGACCUCGACAAAGAAAACCCGCCGCCGUUUGAUAAGGGAUACGCGAUCGCUACUUGUGAGUUCUGUUGGCGCCACCCGCGGUAG